AUGUGUCCCGGCCUCUCCCCCAACAUCCAACAGGUUGAUGAUGCCAGGAAAACAGCUGUCAUCGACAGAGAGCUCUCUCGGCUAGGUGUAGACAUUGCAUGCUUGCAGGAGACGAGGCUUCCAGACAGUGGCACCCUCAGAGAAAAGAGCUACACCUUCUUCUGGAAAGGUAAACCCCCUGAAGAACCCCGCCAGCAUGGUGUCGGCUUUGCCAUAAAGAACACACUGAUGACCUCCAUCGAGCCCCCUUCAGCAGGCACAGAGAGAAUUCUGACCCUCCGCCUGUCCACGUCUUUCGGCUCAGCCACCAUCAUCAGCGUGUACGCACCCACGCUGUACUCUACCCCUGAGGAUAAGGACCAGUUCUAUGGUGCCCUGGAUGAUAUCAUAUCCCAAACCCCCAGCACUGACAUGCUUUACCUCCUUGGCGACUUCAACGCCAGAGUGGGAGCUGACCACGAGGCUUGGCUCUCCUGUCUCGGUGCCUAUGGACGCGGGAAGAUAAAUGACAAUGGCCAGCGUCUGCUAGAGCUGUGCUGCUACCACGGCCUAUGCGUCACCAACACCUUCUUCCCGUGCAAAGAAAUCCAUCAGGUCUCCUGGAGACAUCCUCGUUCACGCCACUGGCACCAGCUCGACUUGGUAUUGACCAGACGCAAGGACCUUGCCAGCGUCCUCCUCACCCGUACCUACCACAGUGCUGACUGCGACACUGACCAUUCCCUCGUCGCCAGUAAGGUGCGCAUUGCCCCGAGGAAGAUACACCACAGCAAAAAGAGCGGACGGCCACGCGUCAACACCUGCAAUGCCAGAAACCCCCUUAAGAUGCAGGGUUUCCUGAACCUUCUCAACGUGACCCUAGCAAGGGAGAUGUCUGAAGACGACACCACAGACCUCAUCUGGUCCCACCUGCGGGACUCGAUCUACAGUGCAGCCAUCUCCGCUUACGGAAAGAAGGAACACAAUCACGCUGACUGGUUUGAGGCUCACUGGGACAGGAUGGAGCCUGUGGUUGAGGCUAAGAGGAAGACCCUUCUGGCCUACAAGAACGCUCCAAACCCUACCACGCUUACUGCACUCAGGGUUGCCAGGAAAACAUCCCAGCAGACAGCUCGUCACUGCGCAAACACCUACUGGUUAAAUCUCUGCAGUAGAAUACAGCUUGCUGCAGACGUAGGAGAUGCAAGAGGGAUGUACGAGGGCAUCAAGAAGGCGACAGGUCCAGCACCCAGUAAGUCCGCCCCCCUCAAGACAAAGACAGGCGAUGUGAUCACCGACCAAGGCAAGCAGCUAGAACGAUGGGUUGAGCACUACCUGGAGCUGUACGCCACACAGAAUGUUGUCACUGAUGCUGCCCUUGCCGACACCCCUGACCUGCCUGUAACGGAGGAACUUGAUGCACUGCCCACAAAGGAGGAGCUCAGUAAAGCCAUCAGCAAUCUAUCAAGCGGAAAGGCCCCAGGGAUUGACAGCAUUCCAGCAGAGGUCCUAAAGAGUGGGAAACCUGCACUACUCGAGCCCCUGCACACCCUUCUUUGCAAAUGUUGGGAGAAAGGACACAUCCCUCAGGACAUGCGUGAUGCGAACAUCAUCACCCUGUACAAAAACAAGGGUGACAAAAGCGACUGCAACAACUAUCGAGGUAUCUCUCUCCUGAGCAUUGUGGGGAAGGUCUUCGCACGAGUCACCCUUACCCGCUUACAGACCCUCGCCUCCCGUGUCUACCCUGAGUCCCAGUGUGGCUUCCGUGCAGGCCGGUCAACAGUAGACAUGUUAUUCUCCCUGCGCCAGCUCCAAGAGAAGUGCCAGGAACAGCAGAUGCCUCUCUACCUUGCCUUCAUUGAUCUAACAAAGGCGUUCGACAUGGUCAGCAGGAGCGGACUCUUCCAGCUCCUUAAGAAGAUUGGCUGUCCCCCACACCUGCUUGCUGUCGUCACGUCAUUCCACUACAACAUGCGCAGCACAUACGCCUUCAAGGACUGCAGCGAAGGGGUGUACAUCCACACCAGAGCCGAUGGCAAACUCCUCAACAUUGCCCGUCUCCGUGCCAAGACCAAAGUGAGAGAGGUGCUCAUUCGCGAGAUGCUCUUCGCCGAUGAUGCAGCCCUAGCCUCGCACACAGAAGAAGGUCUGCAGCAGCUUGUCAGUCGAUUCUCCGCCGCCUGCAAGGACUCACACACACUGGAAACAGAAGUCAGCAGCAGGAUCGCCAAGACCGCAGCAGUUAUGUCGAAACUGUACCAGAGAGUUUGGAACAACUCCAGUCUUACGGAAAAGACUAAACUGCAUGUCUACCAAGCCUGUGCGCUCAGCAGCCUCCUCUACAGCAGCGAACCAUGGACCCCCUACGCAAGGCAUGAGAAGAAACUCCACAGCUUCCACCUCCAAUGUCUACGACGCAUUCUUCACAUCCGCUGGCAGGACAAAAUCCCAGACGUGGAGAUAUUACAGCGAGCAGGCAUGAAGAGUAUGGUGGCCAUCUUGCGGGAGAGACGCUUGCGAUGGCUCGGCCACGUGCGAAGGAUGGACGCAGGUCGAAUUCCAAAGGACCUCCUGUACGGAGAACUCGCCGAGGGCACACGGCCAAAUGGGCGCCCCCGCCUCCGCUUCAAGGACGUCUGCAAAAGAGACAUGAAGCAGUGCAACAUCGAUGUCUCCUCCUGGGAGAGCCUCGCUGAGGACCGGCCUUCCUGGCGCUCAACUGUGAAAUCUGCCGUUAAGGAGGCCGAGGACGCGAGAAAUGCUGCUCUGGCCGAGAAGAGAAGAAGGCGAAAGCAGAGAGAGCGCCAGCCACAACAACAGUCAACGAUUGGAGAUUUUAUGAGGUUUCAUUCCAUUUCAUUUGCCAUAUGGGUGUACCGGUCUGUUGUUGUUUACUCAUCCACGAAAGCUGCUACUCAGCCCCUUGGCCACCUGAAACAAGUGGUCGAGUCAACACUUCGUAUAAUCAGAAAUGAGCAUCUGCUUGAAAGUGUCCUUGCGAUGCGCCUCCUUGAAAAAUACAAUCAGGAAAUGACAAAGCAUUUUCUGAAGCUGGAGUGA